AUGCCAUUACAUGCUCGUCUCGCAGCGGCGAAGACAACCGAUCUUAUUCUCAUCAUCCUUGAUGCAACAAAGUCUGAAGAGCAGCGAUGGCUUCUCAAACUCGAUGCAGUUGGUAUCCGCCUUAACAAAUGCAAACCUGACGUAGUGUUCAAAUGGUGGACAACUGGUGGUAUAACUCUGAAUACUACCAUAAAACUCACCAAGACAGACGAGAAGACUAUUUGUACCAUUCUGGCGGGAUACACAGAUAAACUACACAACUGCGAUGUGAUGAUCCGAGAAGAUCUCGACACCCGAUCUGGGUCAGAGGGACCAGAGGACGACACCAUGACAAAGGCCAACUCCGACUACGAAGACAACGCUGCUUCUAAGAAGCGCAAGGCAAAGUCGGAGGAUGAGGAAAUGCCUGAAAUGCUGGCUGAUGCAGCUAAGCGAGCGUCAUCUGCCAAAUGCCUCCAUGAUGGUGCUCAGGAUGAUCCCAAAGAGCUCCCAAAGGCCCGUCCGGAGGUUGAGCCCAAAGAACCCCCAAAGGCCCAUCUGGAGGCUGAACCCAAGAGUCCUGUUUGCGCUGCCUCUGGAGAGGCUCCCAGCACUGAGGUGGCCAACAGCCUUCCUCCACAGUCUUUGGCACCAUCGUCACCCUCACCAAUGCGUCGUCAGCCUUCCCGUAUGCUCACGGACCAUGUCGCGCCUGCAGUCCCUACUGCAAGUGGAUCUGUUGGGAUUCAGCAAGAAGGGAGUUUGGCCACCGAGUCCAUGAUGAGGCCCUAUGACACCAGCCUGAGACCAGGCAUCGUUCAACCUAAUGCUCGCUUGUAUGGUUCACGCCAGGGAUUGCGCACAGACCCGCGUUAUCCAUCGCCCCAGUGGAAUGACCAUCCCCACGGAGAGAAUCACCUCCAGGGCCCUGGCCGUGGCUUCCCCCGCUACCCACCAGAUUAUCAGUGUAAUUACCACAAUCAACGCAUGCAACACGCCCCCCUGCCCCCUCACAGUCAGCCCUCUUGCGUUCUGCAACCCCCUCAUGGUCCUCUGGGCCCUCAGCACUAUGACGAAAGCUACCAUCAUAACAGCGGAUACACUGAGACUCCCUUCAGCGACCCUCGAGACAGACAUAUUGAGAGGCUACAAAACUUAUCCGCCAUCACCCUCGCCAACAUCCCACCGACAUACGGAGAUGCUCAAAUAGGCCUCAAUGUUGAGGCUCGUCAGGAUGUUUACCAGGAUGGUGGACUCACCCUCCGCAAUGAGACUCUACAUGGUCUGACAGACCGUGGGAACAUCUUUGAAGUGCUGCCAAGGUCUGUGCCUAAUAAUGAUAAUCUCUUUGUAAGUUACCUGAGCACAGCGGUCAUGGUCUACAAUCUGGUGGUUAAUUAUUCACAACUGUCUCGUCAACCAAAUAGAACACCGGUGUCUACCAAUAUCACAUCAUCCAUGUCCUUCAACCUUUGCAUUGUAAGAGUGCAACAGGCUCCGAAAGCUUUAAUGUUUGCGAAUCAAAUAAUCCAGACUGGCAUUGCUACUAUUAUCGUCCUCGAGUACUCCGCCUUUCUUCCAAACGACUUGGAGGACUUGGAGCGCAUCAAGUCUGCCGUGGACUACUACAUGAAAUCUCCGACGGCUGUCGCAGUAGAGAAAGGAGCGAAAGAGAUUUAUCGUCAAGGUUACGACAGGGAGGAAAUGGGGAAGAAGAUUCUUGAGUUCAUUCUUGAAAAUCGCUUGUGUACAUCCCUCGCUUGGUUGUGA